UAUCCAGGAAGUCGUCUGUGGUUGUCAAGCAAACUUUUGCUUGUAAGCAAAGUGCUCUCAGUCUGUAAAAUGCAUAGACCGUCUAUUUAGUCUGCAGUUUCAUGCAACAGGUAGUCGUGAGAGAUGAGUUGCUGCCACGGGUCUGUACCCCGGGAGGUCCGGCCGGGUACAGCACGGGUCCUAGUGACAGAGCUGAGUGGAUCAGAUCACAUCAACCCAAGUCCUGCCACGAAACCCUGUGAGGACUCUGAAAGUACAGUGGAGCUUUACCUUGCUCCAGAGAAACUGGAAUUGCUGUGUGGAACUCGGGACCUCUCUCACGUGACCUCACUGGAGAUCUGCGUAGACACACAAGAAAACACAUUGGGUAACUUUGGUGCCUACUUGCCCAAUCUGAUGCAGCUCAAAAUGAACAACAGCAUGAUUUUGUCAGUAAGAGACCUAGGAACCGCCCUUUCCCACCUGCAGGUGCUAUGGAUGUCUCGCUGCUCCCUACAAGACCUAGAUGGCAUUUCUACUUUCUCCUCCCUCAAGGAGUUAUAUGUGGCCUAUAACGAUGUGUCGGACCUGAGUCAGGUUGGCAUGCUUGAGAACCUGCAGCUGUUAGAUCUGGAAGGGAACGAUGUGGAUGACCUAGUCCAGGUUCAGUAUCUCGGGUUGUGUGGCAAACUCCAGACACUCACCCUGGAGGGAAACCCUGUGUGUUUGCGCCCAAACCCCACUGCCAUCCAGAUGGCAGACUAUAGUUAUCGGGCUGCAGUGAGGGAGCUGGUCCCUCAGCUGAGUUACCUAGACGAUGUAAGGGUGGAGGAGGACAGACUGAGCUGCAGCAGUACCAUGGGAGAAGACUGGGCCAUUCUCCGAAACUCCAUCAGAGACGGCAACACCUCUCAGGCAGCCACUGAAGACGAAGAAACAGUAGAAAGUGCUUACAGCAGACCCGUCUCAGCCAGGCGCCCUGCUUCCAGCCUCUCUUGUGUCUGGCCCCUCUCGUCAUCAGGAUCCAGACCCCACACUGGCUCCAGAUCCGGAUCCAGACCUAGUUCUGCAGAUUCAGACUUAACAACAGUAGAAGCAGAAACCAGCAUCCUGACCCAUGGAGCUGGCAAGAUCUUGUUCUGUGGAAAUCCAGUCCAGGCUAUUCGAGCAAGGAGAGAAAAGUUGAGGACAGCACCCACCAGGUCUACUUUCACCCCCUGUGACCUGCCCAUCCAUGUACCCGAACACACAUUCGACCUUGAGGAGCCUGAUGUUAGAGAACGCGGAGAUGUGUUUGCUGAGCUUAGAGCUUGGAGGCAGCAGCACAGCCGGCGUCUCCAGGCCAUAGAGACAGAAAGAUUACCACAGGUCCUGGCUAUUCAGCAUAGUGAUGAAGGACAAGGGGAAGAUGAUGAUGAUGAAGAAGGAUUUGGGGGUCUAAGUAAUGGCAGUAGUGAUGACGAACAUGGUGAGGAGAAGCAUGGUGACAGCCUAGAUACUGCCUCACCAGAUUCCUCUUUCCAGUCUCUUUCUCCAGACCUGCAUCCCAGACAGGCCUUAUCCCCUGACAUGGCUCGAUUGUCCCUAUCCCCAGACACCCCACUAUCCCCUUCUGCCCCUCUCAGUGUCACAGCAGCGACUGGUAAUCGCAAACUACCAGGGAUCCGUGCACGUAGGCUUCGACUCAGCAAGACCAGUUCAGAAGGUGUACCUGAUUUCAGCAGUUCAGACCUGACUCUCCAGAGGUUCCAGCGAUUGGCCAAGACUGAUGUGCCUCUGUUGCCCCUGCCUGCACACAUACCCCACCCGCCUCCAACAAGUGCCCUGGGAGAAGGACACAUGGAUUCAUGUACAGAGAUGGACUUACCCAGCGUACAGUCUGGCAACAAGCAUCUACAAACUCCUCACAUGUUCAAACCCCUGGACAGGCCAGCGAUUACUCGUCCUCACACAGCCAGGGCAGCUCUGCAGAAACAUCACCAGCACCACAGACUCCAGUCCUGCAGAGGGAGCUCACAGCCCGACUGACACCACCAAUAAGCAGAUGUUUGGCCUUGCCAGUGAUCAGUAUGAUUAGUGUUCCAUAACCUUAAAAACGGACAGCUCGGAGGCCACUGAGGGAUUACCUGUAUUUCCCAGAAAUGUUGAGACUCACCAUCACACCACCAUCCCGUGACCUCGUUACUCACAGUGCUUUAGCAUGAGUAAUUAAGUUAUUAACAUGAGUAGCAGUUUAAUUGGAGGACUUGCUAUGGUGAGAUAACCUCUCUAAUUCUACUGAGUUGGGGGUUUUCUGAAUCAUAAAUUCAAUUUGCAUUUCUCAGGUUGAAAUAUUGAAUAAUUAUAACCCAAAUGCUACUUUGUGUUCACAUCAGUUCAAUCCAUUUUAGAUUCUCUGAAUACUGAGCUGGAAGGUUAAUAAAAUGUAAUGGUUCAUUUCA